AUGGCCGCCGCCGCCGCCGCUGUUUCCCACGCGCCGCCUCGAGAUUUGGAAGCUUCCGCCGCCUACUCUCCAAUCCCCGGCGGCCCAGCUUCCUCCUCUCCGACUCCAAUCAGGAAGCGCCACGUCAGCAUUUUGGUUUCUUUUCUUUGCAUCUUCGGUUCAUUGCUCCUAUUGAUCUCCGGCCGUUGGUUCGUUCCUCACGUGGCCAGAUUAGAUCUCAACCGUCCAUCUCAUGAUCAUGAUGCUACUGUGUCUCCAGCACGGCCGCUGACCGGUCAAAUCUCGAGAGGGCCGUCGCAAGGCGUGUCGGAAAAAGUCUUCCGGCAACGCCGCGGCGGCGCGUCGCCGUUCUCCUGGAGCAACGUUAUGCUGACGUGGCAACGGACGGCGUACCAUUUUCAGCCGGAAAAAAAUUGGAUGAACGAUCCUAAUGGUCCAUUGUACCACAAAGGAUGGUAUCAUUUCUUCUAUCAGUAUAGUCCGAAAUCCGCCGUGUGGGGCAACAUCACGUGGGGCCACGCUGUGUCACGUGAUUUGAUCCACUGGUUCCACCUCCCGUCCGCCAUGGUCCCGGACCAAUGGUACGAUGCCAACGGAGUAUGGACCGGGUCCGCCACCGUCCUUCCCGACGGCCGGAUUGUGAUGCUCUACACCGGCGACACGAACGACGUCGUUCAGGUGCAAUGCUUGGCCCACCCGGCCAACUUAUCCGACCCGCUUCUUCUAAAAUGGGUCAAGCAUUCGGGCAACCCGGUGAUGGUUCCCCCGGUCGGAAUCCGGAGCAAGGACUUUCGGGAUCCGACCACCGCGUGGCUUAGUCCUAGUGGAGACACGUGGCGAGUUUCUAUUGGCUCCAAGAUUGGGAACAAAACUGGCGUUGCGCUUGUCUAUGAGACAGUUGAUUUUUUACGCUAUGAAUUGUUGGAUGGGUACAUGCAUCGGGUUGCGGGUACGGGUAUGUGGGAGUGCGUUGAUUUUUACCCGGUAUCGUUGACUACGGAAAAUGGGUUGGAUACUUCUGAAAACGGGUCGGGUGUAAAGCACGUGAUGAAAGUGAGCCUAGAUGAUGACAAGAAUGAUUACUAUUCGGUGGGAAGUUAUGACCCGGAUGGGAACAAGUGGGUGCCCGAUGACCCGAAUUUGGAUGUGGGUAUUGGGCUGAGAUAUGAUUAUGGUAAAUUUUAUGCAUCGAAAACAUUCUACGACCCGAAACGACGUCGUAGGAUUUUGUUCGGUUGGAUUAUGGAAACUGAUGCUGAAGAACUUGAUAUCCUUAAAGGAUGGGCUUCUGUCCAGUCUAUACCUAGGACAAUAGUGUUCGAUCAAAAGACGAGGAAAAACAUUCUACAAUGGCCCGUGGAGGAAGUCGAGAGUUUAAGGUUAGACGGAAAAGAGUAUAAUUUGAAGCUUGAACCCGGAACAAUAGUCCCUCUUGGUGUCAACUUAGGAUCUCAGUUGGAUAUAACCGCAACUUUCGAAGUUCAUGUAAAGGCAAUAUCAUCGGGCAUCGAUCAACUCCCUUAUGAUUGUGCCACAAGCGGCGGUGCAUCUAAUCGGGGAGUUUUGGGACCAUUUGGUGUCGUCGUGCUUGCUGAUAAUGAAUUAUCGGAAUUGACUCCGAUUUAUUUUUACAUCGCUAGAGGAUAUAACAGGACACAUGAAACUCAUACUUGCGCUGACGGAUUAAGGUCAUCAAAGGCGCCCGAUGUUGAGAAAGUUGUUUAUGGUAGCAAAGUCCCCGUGCUCGAUGGCGAAAAGCUAACACUUAGAUCUUUGGUGGAUCACUCGAUUAUCGAGAGCUUUGCGCAAGGAGGGAGAACAGUGAUAACUUCAAGAGUAUACCCGACAAGGGCGAUCGAUGGUGCGGCAAGUGUAUUCUUAUUCAAUAAUGCUACGGAUGCAAUGGUCACGGCGUCCAUCAAGAUAUGGAAAAUGGGCUCGGCUGAUCUUCGACCUUUCCCAAUGGAUCAACUCUAA